AUGUCGGCCAACCCAUAUGCUUACUCUAACGAAAAUCAAUUAAAAGGAAGAGGUUCUCCCCCUUUUAUAGGAGAAAUUAAUCAAAACAGCAACAUCCCACCUCAAGAAAAACAAUAUCAAAAUUAUUAUCAACCUAACAAUAACGAGCACCUUGCAUUUCAACAUGAGCAGCAACAAAAAGGACAAUCCAAUUUUGUUCCAAGCAAUAACAACAAUUUUGGUUUUGAUACUAAUGGAUUCCCACAAUUUUUGGAAGAUUCUAAAACCCAAGUAGCUUCACAUUUUGCACAGAAGGCAUUUGGUAAUUUUUUUCAAGGUAAUGGUAUGCCAAGUGAUAAUGUCUCCAACAAUAUGGCAUUUAACUCAUCAUUUUAUAAUUUAUCAUAUUAUUUUCAAGUUUCUAACUCAUAUGUUUUACACAAACUCAAAAUUAUUAUUUUACCAUUUAUUAACUCAACAUGGUACAGAAUCCAAGACAAUAUACAUAAUGCCUCUAUAAAUGCACCAAUCAAUAGUUCACGUUCUGAAUCUUUGAGUUAUUUGCCACCUAAGUUGGACGUUAAUUGUCCAGAUUUAUAUAUUCCAACUAUGGGUUUAAUAACAUAUAUUUUAUGCUGGAAUUUAGAUCAAGGUUUAAAAGGUUCGUUUGAUCCACAAAACUUGUAUUAUAAGUUAUCCAGUACUUUGGCAUUUGUUCUACUGGAUUUGUUGAUAUUAAAGUUGGGUUUAUAUUUAUUGAUCCCAAGUGGUAUUAAUGGUACUAAAUCAAACAAUGCAAAUUAUCCGAAUAACAUUUCUGCAAAUGGGAUUAACAAUGGUGGGUUGAAUAUUGUUGAAUUAGUUUGUUUUGUUGGAUACAAAUUUGUGCCAUUAACUUUAGUGUUGCUAUUAAGGGGUCAAUUUUUCACUAUAAGUGGGAUAAUUUUUAUGUUUUUAAGAAUAUACUUGUUUUUAGCAUUUGGAGUUUUUUUACUAAGAUCGGUUAAGUUCAAUUUGUUGCCACCCAUUGUGGAUUCUCAAUCUGCUGUUAAUAUUGAUCGUAAAAGUGUUAUUAAAAAGUGCAAUUAUUUUUUGUUCUUUUAUGGAUUUAUAUGGCAAGUAUUAUUAAUGUGGUUAAUGGGAUAA